AGAAGUUAGGUUAGGAAGUCAAUGCAAUUUUCAAAAAAACCAUUACUGCUGAACUAAACAUUCCUAAGAUUCUAGUGUCAUUCGAUAUAUUUUUUCGAAAAAUUUUGGAUAUUUGCACAGCAGCCAAUAUUAGAUGUUUAGUGGUUGUUUGCAUGUUCACCUACAUACAUAAUAAUAGCUUGAAUUGUUUUGGUUUACAAAAACAAACUGUGUUUUAGUUGUAUUUAUUGCUUCAAUUUACUAAUACCUGCCGAAGGUCUGCUUCAUUCGGACAUUUUGAAUAUUGAUCUGAAUAGCCUUAGAACCAGUUGAUAUUUAAAAGAAGAAGAAGAACGAAAUACCAAGUCUCUAAAUCAAGAUGGUUCGGCACAAAAAUAGGUACUUCGUGAUCAAAAUACGAGCUGUCGAUUCCCCCAAGGAAGCGCCAUUGCAUUUACAUCCAGCAAAUGUUUAUGGUGCAAUAACCGGUGCCGUACAACAAUUACAUGGUGAUUUUGGUGUUGCAGCUACAAGAUCUGAUCUUGUAGCAAAAUACUGCAAUGCUGCUACAAGAAUAGGAAUUAUAAGAUGUAGACACGGUCCACAUAAACUUAUCGCUAGUGCCAUGCCUUAUGUUAAAAACAUAGGACCAUAUAAAGCAUAUAUCACCACCCUGUUUAUGGGAGCUACCAUGAGACAUUGUUUCAAUUUCAUUAGAAAUUAUCAACAAAGAAAGUUUGAAAAAUAUUGUAUUAACUUGAAGACAGAUGAGGAGAAAGCUGAAUUGAAAAAAAUGUUGCUGAAUAUGGAUCCAGUUCUGUCCAUUCUCUAAUGUACGUAACAAGUAAUAAGAACUGUGAUAUGAAUAUUUGAGUUGGAGGAUUGUAUAUAAUUAUUAUAAUAUAUUUUUUUUCGAAUGA